AUGAUUCGAUCGCAGCUCGUGCCCUCGCCGGGCGUGCACAUCCCCUCGUCUGCAGAGUCAAACAAGGCCACCAAUCAGCAUGUCGAGCCAAGUCCCAAGACGAGCGUCUGGUCUGGCUUCCGUACGCCGCCAGCGUCCGCGCAUAAGGAUGCAGGUACCGCAUUUCAACUUCUUCGAAACGCCGACAAACAACCAGCAUUGUCCUUUGGAUUCUCCACCUCCAAGUUCAAUCCUUCGGUAGGCGCGCAGGCUAGCUCCUAUACCUCAUCCUCCUCCGCAUUUGGCGCUUCCUCGUUCGGUGCAAAGCCGUUAUUCGGCUCAUCUUGUUUUGGAUCACCCUCCUUCGGCUCAGCUUCCUUUGGUCAAAGCAAUCCCAUCCUGGGCCUUCCAUCACCCUCUCCGGGACCUCAGAAUCGGCGCGCGCAGCCUCCAGCCCUACCAGGCGACGAUGUGUUAUCCAGAGCAGUCCGUCGCGCUACCGUCAAUCGACCCGCAAUCAUCGGAAAUUCAGAAAUUGGUGCCGAUAAUCUAAUGGCUAGCUACCUGAGCAGCCACGGUGAAUCUUCAGACGUCGAGACUUUGACUAAAGAUCUCGUGUCGAUCUCGCAGACUCAUCCUACCACCAUGAGCUUUCUCCGGCACAUAUUUGAAGAGGCCUCUCGUGGCAACGGCAGCGUACCCAUUCCACCCAAACGAUCACAUCAAUCGAAGAUGCAGAUCAGCGCACAGAGUGCGCUCGACUUCGACCUCUACCUUGAUUUUAGACAGUACGGGUGGAGCGAAGAUCUCCGCGACUACAUCGUGCGUAUGAUCGUCUAUGGUCUCUCUCCCAGGGAAAUCCGCGCCGCUGUCAAAGCCGACAUGGACUUUACUCACGGUCAGAAUCAUGUAUCGGCGGAGGAGGUCGAGGAACUGGUCUUGUGGAUGCGUGGACGUGAGGCAAGCAUCGUCGAGGACGCCAAGCUCGUUGGCUCUACGUUUGACUUCUUUCGGCCUUCAAUCUUGGAAGAGAGAAGACUCGCGAAGGCGGUUCGGGCGCCUAAGGGCAGCGAACCUUCUGGUGGUGGACGGGCCGAGGCAGAUGCGAAUGCUAUUGACAGCGGGACCAGUUGUCGUUGUGGUGACAAGAGUGGCGUGUUUCAGCCUUUUGGCGAUUUCCAAACAGACACCAAUGGAGAGGUUCACGGCAUCAAGCAGUCGGCUGAGGAUGCCGACACGAAGUCGAGGUAUGGACAGUUUCGGUUCAUGGACCUGCCCGCGGAAUUGAGAGACUGGGUGUACAAAUUGAGCAUUAUACCCACGGGCUUCAUCUCUCUACGCAGCUGCGCGCACCACAUGCCCGCCGGUGUGUUCCCAGCUAUUGCAACCUCCAUCUUCGGUGUUUCCAAGGCUGUCAACAAGGAAGCAGAAGGCCUGCUUUUGGAUAACACCAUCAUUGUCAAUGGCUGUCUGGAAUGGGGCAGCCGUUCGGCAAUCCACCGAGCGCAGCUACCAGAGCAUAUCAUUCCUCUCAUCAAGUCAUUGGUCAUCGUCAUUGACUUCACGAGAGUUGUACGCACUGCUCGUGUUGCCGACUGGCGGGUCGCUCAAGGCAUGAUCGGGCUGAAGAGGCUUCGAAUUUGUGGGAUCGCUAUUGAUCCUGCUAACUGUCCCUCGUCUGAGCUGUCCACAUACUUGGGCAUUAUUCUAGAGCGCGUACCGGCCGACUGCGAGGUCUGCUUUGGGGAGGAGAAUGGUGGUGCGGAGGUGGAGGCCCAUGUGCAGGACAUGGUUGAGAAGAUCAAGGCAGGACAAUCCAUCAUGCAGACGAGAGUUUUGGUGAAAAGCGCAGGUGCCAUAGAAGUGGCCAUGUUGGAGAGUGCAUGGAAGGAUAUUGAGGACGAGGUGGUGAAGGGAUGCAAGUCGGGCUUCAAGGAAGACUUUCGGUUUGCGGACAGGAGAGCCAAUGGGGGAGCUGGACGACCACUGGCAGCAACUCCGCCGCCGCCAGAUUGA